CACAGCGACAGAAGACCAAAGCACGAUACAACCAUGGAGAACUCUGACGGAAAGCUCGUAGACCUCUACGUCCCUCGCAAGUGCGCAGCAACCAACCGUCUCAUCAAGGCACACGACCAUGCAUCGGUCCAGAUCAAUGUCGCAGAUGUCGACGAGAGCGGCCGUAUGCUCAACACACAGACUUCCUUUGCGCUCUGUGGCUUUGUCCGCGAGAAGGGUGAAGGCGAUGACUGCAUCAACAAGCUAGCCACCCAGGCCGGCUUGCUCAAGAAUGUCUGGUCUUACUCUCGCUAAAUGGUCAGCACGUAUGUUCCCGGUGUGGAUACUUGAGCUACAAAUGUAAAAGUAUUCACCCAUCGACACACCUGAUCAACGGUCUCUGUGUGCACUGGACCUGGCAAAACCCCCUUAUAUACCCGCUGGAUCCAUGCACACACUUGAUAUAGAAGAGUAAAAGAGAUGCCGAGUUGAGGGUGUGGAUGUGUGGCUGCUGGGAUUGAUUCCUCCUGCUGGUGGAAGGGAGGAAGCGUACUGACGAGCUGUAAUGAGACUUCAUAGCAUCAAGCAUCCAAUCUGCA